AUGGUAGUAGAGGACAAACUACCACAAACCGUGCUGGCCAUCGGAUUGUGUACACGACCUUAUCCCAUUUUCCGUAUGCCCGGCUGGAAUAAGUUCUCAGUAGGUUUCCAUAGUGAUGAUGGACACAAGUUUUGUGAUGAUGCUACGGGUGGACAACCCUUUGGUCCCAGUUGGGGUAAAAAAGGGGAUGUGAUUGGAUGUGGAUAUAGUCCAGAAUACGGGAAUGUAUAUUUUACAGUGAACGGGAUGAUGGUCGGUCAAGCUUUCACAGGUUUACAAAGACAUUAUUAUUACCCAAGUAUAGGCGCUGACGGACCUGCUACUAUCUCUGUGAACUUUGGUCAACAACCGUUUAAAUAUAAGGUCAAAAAUUGGAUCGGUCAAUACAUCUAG